AUGUCGAUUGUUAGCAAAAAUUUGCAAUCAAACUCACUGGUGAUCUACGAUUCGGAAACUAACCGAUUCGAGCUUUUAAGUCUGGAUGGAUACAAUGGAAAAGACGGUUCUGAAACUGGAAACAGGCAGCACAGGCACCAGCAUGGGUCCGGCAGGCCGAGGUUUUCAAGAAGUGGCAAUUUCGAAUUUGUUUGUGCAAAUUGUGGGUAUAUAAACCGAAUUUCGAGCCCAUUUGUGCCCAGAAACAAGAAUCAGGAGCACAGAUCACACAGUCCUUUUUCAAGGCGAGAAAGCAGUAAUCUGCGCGAUUUUGUGCUGUCAUCCGGUGAAAGUCUGUCAGAUGUAGCUUUGAGAUUGGAAGAUGAGAAUGGAAAAAGAAGCUAUGCCGAUGUUGAGCCGGAGAGUCUUGGUGCGAGAAAAAGAAGAAAGAGUAGUGAUGCAGGCACUAAUGGGCAAGGUGACCAGGCUAGGUACAUCACCACAAGUUCUGGAGACCUUUUAAGGGGAGAUUAUUUCAGAUUAUUGGCACAGAUAGACUGGCCAAACAAAGAGUCGUCACGUGGAAUUGUGCAGAAGGCUAUAUCUGAUGCUGAGGCAAAGGAAAGUGAGGAGAAUGAAAAGGUAGGAGGUGAAGAGAAUGAAAAGAUAGAAGGUGAAGAGAGUGAAAAGAUAGAAAGUGUAGAGAGUGAGAAAAGUGAAGAAAAUCAAAAGAGUGAUAACAUUCCAUACCAGCUCAUCAACCAAGGCUACUUCAAGAAAUUCUUUAAAGUUCUGCAGACAUUAGGCCACGGAUCAAACGGCGUGGUUUACAAAGUAGAGCACGAGCUCAUGGGUUUGAAUCUGGGAGUAUUUGCAUUGAAAAAGAUUGCCAUCGGCAACAAUGUGCCAAACUUGCUGAAAAUCCUCAAUGAGGUCCAAUUCUUGUACAAUCUAAGCGACAAGGCAUAUCGGGCAGCAUCAGAGUCCGGAUCGGGUAAUAUUGUCCGGUACAAUCACGUUUGGUUGGAGAUAGACCAACUCACCAAGUUCGGGCCCAAAGUUCCUGUAAUAUUCAUUUUGUAUGAGUACUGUGGGGGCGGAGAUCUCGAGCAGUUUGUCAAUUCGGUUGCCAAUCCUCGGUUUGACAUCAACAGGGAGAAGAUGCGUCGAAGAAUGAGAAGAUUGAGCGAAUCAGAGACUCGUACAGGCGAGAAAAGUGCGAAAAUAUUCGAUGAGGCCAAAUACAGCCAGAAAAAUGCCCGGUUUUUGACCAACUACGAGAUCUUCAAGAUAUUUAACGAUGCAGUAAACGGUGUGGCAUAUCUCCACCGGCUCAAAAUCAUCCACCGCGACUUGAAGCCGUCCAACUGCUUGUUUAAGACCAGUUUCCCACCGGAAUACCGGCCAAUCACGUCCAUUUCCGAGCUCAACAAGAUCCCAACGUUGCUGGUGAGCGAUUUUGGAGAGUCAACCAUGGAAAAUGCGCACAGAACAUCUACAGGAACGACCGGAACGCUUGAGUUUUGUGCUCCCGAGUUAUUCCAGCUGGAUGUACACCAGGGGAAGCACAAACUAAAGGAAUUCACACAUUCCUCCGACGUCUACUCGCUGGGAAUGAUACUAUAUUACCUCUGCUUCAAUAAUCUGCCAUUUCGUUCAUCUUCACCUGCCGGAAUUCGAACAGAGAUCCUCGAGUGCCGCUCCUUUAACACAAUGGACACAAUCCGGCCUCUAUGCGCAUCGAAGAACGACGCCAGAGACGAAAACUGGCUGCUAUCCGACUGGGUUGACCUCAUUCGACGGAUGACAGAUCCAAACAGAGAAAAUAGGCCAAGUGCUCCCGAAAUAGUGGCUGCAAUGAGGCUCAUCUACCAGAAACUUGCCGGAGAUGAUGCUGUGCUGUCUUUUAUGAGUGGUGAGGACGACCAUGGCAGCAUAAACAGUGUGAAAGACGAGAAAAUCGAAAGAGACGAGGAUGGCCAAUUCAAUCGCGACAGCGAGCGUGUCGCAAACAGUGGGUCAGCCGCUGGAAAUGCCGCCGGAAACGGCGACCUGGAGAUCGUCGCAUUGAUCAACGAUAGAAAAAGCGGGCAGCCGGAAAAGUGGCAUUUGCAGUUUUGCAUCCUGCUCGUACUAACGGUUGCCAACCUCUGGUUGUGGCGCAGCUGGCGGUAUCUGGUAAAUGCCGAAUACUUGGCACUUGGACUUAUUACUUGA